AUGAAGCUCGCCAUUCGGCCGUUGCAAAAGAUGAGGUUCUUCAGAAAAGACAAGGACAAGAAGAAGCAACAGCAGGUUCAACAUCAGCAGUCGCAGUCCCACGAUAUUGCCGAUCACCAGCUGUCCAAGUAUUCGUCACAAGUCCAGCAGAACUUCCGCAACAAUAUCUCGCCUCUCUACCAGCCGACGCGCGCCUCCACCCAGCUUCUUCAAAAUUUGCCAAAGAACAUUCUCCCGCGCAUAUUUUCCUUCGUCUGCCCGCACACCCAAGAUGAGACCUACGAGACCUGCGAGACGAGCGCCAUCUUUGACGCCUGCAUGCUAUGCGACCUAAGGGAUUUGGCGAACUGCGCACGGGUCUGCUGGAAGUGGAAUCAGGUAGCGAAUGCCGCACUAUACCACAGCAUCCGGAUUGACGCCGUACACUAUUGUCCCCGCGAAAUCUACCUUUCCGAGCAGCGAAAGCGCAAAACGUUCUUCAAGCGCAAUGCCGAUCCGGAAGACACCCCUGCCGUGCGUCUGAAGUUGCUCUGUCGGACCCUGCGCGAAGACCCCACGCGGUUCGGCUCGAGGGUUAGAUACUUUAAGGUGCCCUACAUGCUGAGGGAGGCGGCCACGGCAGACCUCGCCCGCAUCAUUCACGUGCUCCCGAACCUUUUCUACGUUGACCUUCCCGAAGGACUUUUCGCCGACGAACACGGUUAUGCGACGCUCAGACUGGAGGUUGAGGCUAGAUGCCGAGACCUCCGGAAAAUGACCUACCACGGAGGCGCGGAGGCCAGUUUGUCUAAUCUGGCUCACGGCGGAAUAUGGCAGAACUUGGAGGUCCUGGAGCUGAUCAAGAUCAAUAUGGACCCCUUCGUGCUGCGACAUGCGCUGGGCAAUCUGAGGAAACUCCGCGCGCUAAAGGUUAUGGAUUCCCAGGCUUUCUCGGAUGACAUUUUCUCCCGGAAUGAAGACUUGCCUCCAUUCCCGCCCUUGGAGGAACUCAUCCUCAGCAAUACCCCAGCCGUUACCGCCAGUGGCUUGGUGGAGUAUCUGAGCCGAGCUGACACCCGCAACAUCCUGACAGUCCUUUCUCUGUUGAGGACAGGCGUUCAUCCGGCGACCCUAGCGGACAUUAUGUUGGCCGCGCAAAACCUACAAACACUCGCCAUCGAGGCCGCCGUAAGCGAGGCCUUUAAGAGUGGACCAAGGACCCGGCGCCUGGCAUCGACAUCUCUGGAAUCGCUCCGCUUCGAAAUCACCGCUGCCAAAUCAGCAGGCCCCUAUUCCAGUGUCACGGCCAGUUACUACACAUAUUUAGCGGCCUCUCUAAGAGGCAAUGGCAUGCCCAACCUAAGGUCGGUUUAUGUUUUAGACGAGUACUUCCAGGACGAGCUGGAAGGCCUGCCACGCCCUCAGGCACCGUUCUCGUUUGGCGGCAACGCCCGGCCCAAGUCGUCACAUUCAGUCACAUCCCACCGGCCUAUGUCCGGCAGCCGCGGAGGCCUUGCUCCGCCCAACAGCGGCGGAAUGGCGAUACCCCGACCUUUCGCAGCUGCUUCGAACGUUCGCGCCUCACAACGCUUCAGCUCUACGAAUCCGUUCGCUGGCACCGGUCCUCUGUCCCAUCCCCUAACGAUCUACACCAAGGCGGACGACGCCCUGGACUGGUCUUCGGUAAUGCUCCAACCUACAGUGCCGUUUGGCGGCGGACACCACCGCGGCAGCAUGAGCUUCCAUGGCGACCGCCCGAUCAGUUCCUAUGGUCUCGGUGCCGAUGUUGCGGGGUCAGGAUGGAACACCGCUGCAGCGAGAAAGAGCGUCAUGGUGGGCAACGGCGCAGGCAUGUUCAUGGCUAUCCCGAGCCAGAGCACAGGAGGAAGCAAGGGGAGCGACGAGGAUUACUGGCCGAGACCAAGCACCGCGAACAACGAGAAGAAGUCCGCGGACCUGUGGCGGUGA